CCUGUGUCUGAUGACGACUUUAUUCUGCGACAUGAACGCACCAAUGCCGUUGCUAGUUAGCUUCAGUUUUGUGGGGCUUUAUUGUGCGCGCGCUGAUUAUUACACUGCACAGUUUCCUCAUCCCAAACGGGUCUCUCCCAUAGGAUGACUGAAACAGAGAGGGGAGUUGGUGACACUGGUGUUGCAGAAACCAGCGGUAAGAACAGGGACACAGAGAAGAAGAAGAGGUCCCGAGUGAAACAGGUGCUCAGUGAUGUGAAGAAGCAGGUGGAGUUCUGGUUCGGAGAUGCCAACCUUCACAAAGACCGCUUUCUGAAGAAACUCAUUGAUGAAUCAGGCGAUGGAUAUGUUGAUCUAUCUGUGUUGACAAGCUUCAAUCGAAUGCAAAAGCUGACAACUGACACCAAGCUGAUCGCGAGGGCACUGAAAAACUCAUCUGUAGUUGAGGUUAACUUGGAGGGAAAUAAAGUUCGGCGUCAGCUCCCAAUUGGAGAUCCACCAAAUGAUGUGGACAGCCGUACAGUCUAUGUGGAACUUCUGCCCAAGGAUGUGACCCACAGCUGGAUAGAGAGAGUGUUCACGAAGUGUGGCAAUGUGGUUUAUGUUAGUAUCCCCAGAUACAAAUCUACUGGUGACGCCAAAGGUUUUGCCUUUGUCGAGUUUGAGAAAGAGGAACAAGCACAGAAAGCCAUUGAGAUGCUGAACAACCCUCCUGAAGAUGCUCCCAGGAAGCCAGGGAUUUUCCCCAAGACAAAAAGCGGGAAGCCUAUUCCUUUGCCAGCCGACAAUCCACCAACAGCUGAAGUAGAAGACAAGAAAAAGAGAAAGAAGCGGAAAAAGAAAGAAGGUACCAAAGUAGCAGCGCCUGCAGAAGAAGCUAGAGAGCAGGUGAUGGAAGCAGAGCCGUCAGAGCAAAGAAGUAAGCGCUCAGCAGCGGGGGAGUUGGAGCCAGAGGUUGCCAGCGUUCCCAAGACUCCCGGCAAAUUGUCGGAGAAGAAGAGGCGACGGUCGCAGACAGUAGAGGGAUCAGAAAGUGAAAUUCCACCUAAGAUAAGAAAAACCAGUCUAAGUGAAUCCGGAGAAAAGGAGAAGGAUGUGGCAAAGACUGAUUCCCCCAGUAAAGGCGACACGGAGAAGGCUGCUGAAGAAGGGAAAGAAAAUGGAGAUGAUUCAAUAGUUAAAGCAAAGAGGAAGAGAAAAAAGAUACACAAGGAGAAGCUGAAAAUCGGGGAGGAGGUCAUCCCACUCCGGGUCCUUUCAAACAUGGCAUCGUUGAAGCAGUGCAUUCAGAAGAUUGAGCACGAGUCCAAGACUCUAAUGGAGACAGACCAAGUGGGUCAUGAUGAAGACGUGAAGAAGACGAUGAAAAGUGACAAGGCGACCAGUGAGGGCCCUCGCUUUACCAGCGGUGUCAUCAUGAAGAUUUCAGACAACAAGCCUCUACCAGGGAGGAAGCUCAUCAAAGACACUCUGUGCAAAAUAUCACCAGUGGCGUACGUUGACAUCUUGGAAGGAGAUGCCGAGGGUCAUGUCCGCUUUCACAGCCCCGAGGAGGCGAGAGCCGUCAGCGACGCUAGAGCCGAGCUGCAGAAGGAGCACGGCUGGAAGCUCGAGAUCCUCUCAGGUGAUCAUGAACAAAGGUAUUGGCACAAGAUCCUGGUGGACCGGCAAGUCAAGCUGAAUCGCCCCAGGGAGAAGAAGCGUGGCACAGAGAAGCUCAUAUCCAAAGCAGAAAAAAUCAUCCUUGCCCGGGCCAAGGAGGCGAACAAGCACAUCCGUUUCCAAGAAGACUAGCAGCUGCUUACGCUAGCUUUGUUUUUACAACCACACCUGUGUGACCCUGUAGACUCUGCAUGAUGUGGUGUGAAGGGAGCAGCUGGUGAGGGCUCGAGGAGCCCGGGACAGGUUUAAGUGAGUUCAGUGUCCCCUCAUUUUGUUUUCACUGCAGCCCCCGAGGUAAUGUGACCUGCUGCUACGCACAUAGAUGAUUUGGGAAGACUUUUUAAAAUACUUCACUUUUUUAAGGAGAGUUUUCUGUGUAUGAUGUAGAUAGAAUUGAAAGUUCUCCCAGUCAAGGCUGGAUCAUGACAUUGUCCCUGGUAUAGUUGCCUUUUUGUUUUCUAAUAAAAUGUCAUUAUUUGAUUAUUA